AUGCGUCUUCCCUACGCCCCUCAGACUCCGGGGGAUUUGAGCCCCGAGACACAUGAAAUCUACAGUCGCAUCGCUGCCAGGCGUACACCAAGGCCCCUGAUUGCACUUGAUCUUUCCUUGUUGCAUGCCCCUCCUGUCGCAGAUGGCUACAACCACUUCAUUGGAUCACUUCGCUCGAAAACAGUCCUGGAUCCGGCUUUGUUGGAACUUUCCAUCAGUCGCAUAGCCAUUUUGAACAAUGCCGUUUACGAAUGGAAUAUUCACGCUCCACUUGCUUUGAAGGCUGGACUUAAAGCGUCAGCGUUGCAGGAUGCGCGAUCACUUCCAUCGUCCUGCCAAGCGACCGAGCAAAGCAUCGAUGCCUGGAAGUCGUCGAGUCUCACGGCUAGGCAGAAAGCUGUUCUUGCUUAUACCGACGCUAUGACGGAAGCUGUCACUGUUUCUGAUGAUGUGUUCCAGCAACUUGUUAAGGCAGAGCUGUCAGACCGAGAGAUUGUUGAGCUUACUGCCACGGUUGCGGGGUACAACUGUGUAAGUAGGAUACUUGUGGCGCUGGACGUUGGAGAAAACAAUGCUCGUGAGAUGAAGAGUGUUGAUGAGCUUGUUGCAAACCUUGUAUGA